AUGAGCAGCCCUCCAGAACUGCUUAGUGAUGAUUACACAUAUAAUUCAAGAGAGGAAGGCUAUGGCGGGCUUUCAACGGGAUUAAUGGUGCUCUGCAUAAUCAUCAUUUACCUUUCCUGCAUAUAUUUCUGUAAGAUUUGCCGGAGCUGCGGCAGCCACCCCACGGCGGAGGCCGUCGUCCCGACGGUGGCGGUGGCGGUGGGUCUGGACGAAGCCAUAUUAAGAAGCUUCCCGAAGGUGGUGUAUUCGAAGGCGAAGGGAUCAGGGAAAUACUCCAUAGCUUCGACGGGAUGCUCCAUUUGCUUGGACGAUUACAAGGAGAAAGAUGUGGUGAGUGUUUUGCCUCACUGCGGCCAUUUCUUCCAUCUCAAAUGCAUCAACCCUUGGUUGAGGCUCCACCCUUCUUGCCCCGUUUGCCGGAAACUUCCCUCAUCGUCACCUCCCUCGCCGCCGCCGCCGGCGGUGUAG